AUGUCUGCUAGAAACCCCUCGGAAGAAAGUACGAUCCCCUCUACAAUAUACUCCACAACAUACUCCCCACCGACUCAGCCAGAGGCCCCUCCUACAACUCCUGAUGGCCAAAAGAGCUCUAUGACGGACGGGCGACCACCGUGGGACUGGGAGACGUUGAACGCGAGUCUCAAUGCCAUUGUCAUCGGAAACGGAGACCAAACUCGGACACCUCCUGACAAGGCGCCGGCCAGAGCUAUACAUAGUAGAAUAACCUCUUUAGAUGGAUGGUCAAGUAGUGGCCCUUCACAAUUGAAUAUACCUGAUAGUGCUCUGUCAUCAGCUGGGCGACCUCAAAACCCAGGAACAACCUCAAGGGCAAGUUUGAAAAGACAUAGAUCAGGUUCAGAUCCUGACGAUACAAAGGUCCCUGAUUCCCUGCAGCACUCUCGUAAACGUACCCGCUAUGUAACACCCCCCACUUCUAAACGUAGUCGUUCAUGCACCGAUUGGCCCAAAGAUGUUGCGAGUUCCAGAGGCAGGAAGAGUGUGAGAACUAAUAGGGUGCAGAGACUACUCAGCGACUCCCCCGCUUUGACCACCGUUGCCCAGUGGGGAACGUGGCUUCUCUACGGAAUUUCUCUAGUUUGGAAGUUCCGUAAAGCGGAUUCAAGUGGGAGCCGGGUGGCGAUCAACAACGCCGAAGCGAGCCCUUCUGAACCCCAAACCCCGGCAGGCCCCCCCAAGCCUGUGGGUUUGCAAGUCAGGUACCCUCGGCAGGUAUCCACGCUCUCGGAACUCGAACUAGGAACUAGGAACGUCGAAUCCUCCGAUUCGACCAUGGGAUGGUUGGCGACCCCAGACCAACCUCUCAGGAUGAAACCUGAGCUCAGGGUGAAACCUGAGAAGGGGUGCUGA